UUUUACGUUGCAAUCAACGCUAAGAACCGACGUUAUUGAGCAUGACGCUUGUGGGUGACGGCCACACAAUAUUAGUAACGGGAGGAGCAGGAUAUAUCGGGGCUCAUACUGUGGUUGAACUCUUAGGUUUAGGAUAUGCAGUAGUCGUCGUAGACAACCUAGUUAAUUCUAAAAAGGUAUCGAUAAAGCGUGCUGAGGAAAUUACGGGAAAAAAAAUUAACUUUUACGAAGUUGAUCUCUGUGAAAAAGAGGCUUUAGAAGAUGUUUUCAAAAAGCACCAGUUUACAAGUUGCAUCCACUUUGCAGGGUUAAAAUCAGUCGGGGAGAGCGUUAUCAAGCCUUUGAAGUAUUAUUACAACAAUCUCACAGGGACAUCCGUUCUCCUCGAGUUACUAGAGAAGUACGCCUGCAAAAACUUUGUGUUUUCAUCUUCAGCUACUGUCUAUGGGCUGCCAAAGUCACUUCCUUUGAAAGAGGAUCAUUCCUUGUCGUGCGUUAAUCCCUACGGCCGGACUAAGUUGUUUAUUGAAGAAAUGUUAAGAGACCUUCAUAGUAGUGAUCCUUCCUGGAAUAUUGUUAUUUUACGUUAUUUUAAUCCUGUUGGUGCGCACAGCUCCGGACUUAUUGGAGAAGAUCCAAGCGAUGUGCCCAAUAAUUUAAUGCCCUUUAUAGCUCAGACUGCGAUAGGUCGGCGUGAAUGCCUAAAUAUCUUCGGAGGGGAUUACGACACUAAAGACGGAACAGGUGUGCGCGAUUAUAUCCACGUUGUUGACCUUGCUUUAGGCCACGUAUGCUCCCUUAAAAAAAUUCAGGAGAAGUGUGGCUGCGUUGCAUAUAAUCUCGGGACCGGCCGCGGGUAUUCCGUGCUGGAGAUGGUUCGCGCUUUUGAAGAUGCUUCUGGAAAAAAAAUCCCCUAUAGAAUUGUGGAGCGCCGCAAAGGGGACGUGGCAGAGUGUUACGCUGACCCGGAAAAGUCAAAGAAAGAGUUGGGCUGGUCCGCUUCAAAAGGCUUACAGGAUAUGUGCAAGGACACGUGGAACUGGCAAAGUCAGAACCCGAAUGGCUACGUUUAACAGGAGUGCUUUCUGUUGAAGCGGAGCCAUUACUAAGGAGCCUCGUGGUUUUCUAAACGGGUGAAUUAACUAAUUAAAAUA